CAUGUUUUAAAAUAACAAAUCUUCGCAAAUGCUAUUUAUUGAUUAUUAUAUAACAGUAUUACUGAAAAUAAAUAACUUAAAUGCUUCUUCGCAAAAUGUUUGUGGAAUAGGACAAAAUGAUUUAAUUAUAAGCACGGUUAUAUAUUUCCAAUACUCAUGUUGUUUCUGUUGUUUUUUCAUGUGCUGCUUCGUUUAAAAUCUCCUUCGCUUCGCGCAAACUGUCACUUGUGUGUAUUGGAUUUUGCUAGGACCAUUGUAAUCAAUUAGUUGAUCAAAUGGACUUAAACAACUGGAUAAGGGACUUCUGCACCAUUCUUGAUCUGGAAUAGUUAUAAUUACACUUAAAAGUCAUCAAUAUAGGUAACAGUGGCUUAUUCAAAAAUGGAGUAUUUCCAAGAUUCCUGCCGACAAGGUAGCAUUCAUUCAGAACGAAAUGACAGUAUCAGAUAAAUUACUAGCAAUUGUCUUACUCGUAAGGUUAGUGGAGUAGACAUUUUAAAAUUAUUUGGUGCACGUUCUGUCGAGUUAUUAAAAAUCCUGGAUGUAACUGAAGUAAGGAAAGGGACUGGACUGUACAUUAACUAGAUUAAUUUGGUGCACAUUUUGUGGAGUUGUUCGUAAUUCUGGAUACUAGAGACUGAAGAUUUGUGGACUAUUCAUCCUCAGACUAAAAACUAAGACUUUGAAAUAUUAAAUUCAACAAUUUGGAUAAAGCACAUACAAGGUGUGUGGAUUUAUACAUCUAAAUAAAUUGUGACACAAGUAGACGGAGUUAAAUUUAAAAGAGACAGGUUACUGGAAUAUAUACAUCUAAAAUUAUGUGAUCUACAUUCCUGUGGACUUUUCGAUAUAUCCAGACUUAAGGCUUAUGGAUUAUAUAUCUAAUAUAAUGUGAUGAGCAUUUCCUAGGACUUUUCAACAUUCAUACAUAAGGAAACUAACUAAAGAAUGAGGGAUGUGACAGACAACGACACGUGUCCACGAUGUCAAAAAUGCGACAGGUGGCGUAAUGCACCAGAGUACAUCCGGGACCCAUGGGUUUUGUGGGACCGGUUCCCAUGCCCACCGCCUGGUACUCCAAACAAAGCAAGGUUAUUGAUAGAAUUAGAUUGGACGGGACGGUUAGGAGCACGUGACGGAUGCAAAGCUUUGCGUCGCGUAGCGUCCCGGUGUAAAGUGGAUCUGACAUCUGUGGAAUUAUCCGCGGAUUCUUUAAGUGACUGUGAUGAAUUAUUUACAGUGUUCGGAUUAUGUGGGACUCAAUGUGUGAUAGCCAUUAUUCUCGCCUGCAUCUGUCUCAUGUUUGUCUUCUUGCUAGUGAUCGUCUGCUGUCGUUAUGUCCGCCGUGCGGACAAACAUAUGGAAAAUCCAUGCACAAAAACAGUAAACAAUGACCAGACCGCCAUCAACACUCAAAUUAACAGAUAUUACGUUCAAAGUCAGCACUAUUACAGAGCAGGCAACAUUCCAGAGAGGAGAGGGCUUCCAUUUGAGGCACGUGCUACUGAAAAUGGCGUCGAAGCACGGCUAAUUAAAGCCAUACAACAAACACCCUUACAGGGAUACCAGUUUGAUGAUAUGUGUUCACAGUGUCAAAGGAGUAUUUCCAGACAAAGCACUUUAAGUGGCCGCAGUCGGCAAGGCUACGAACGUAUAUAUUGGCGUGACAAGGAAAACCUUGAUAAACGGGUGCCUUCACAUGAAUCUUUGACGCAUCGUAGAGCGUCAGAUCGGCAUAGAUCGAUAGCCGGAAGUUCUUCCGAUAUGUCACAUUAUUACGAAUACAUCAGUGAUAACCCUUAUGACGGCUCCACCGGAAGACGUUCAAAUCAUUCCACGCUGUACUUUCCUCGGAAUAGCUCAUCUAACUUUAAAGACGUCUCUAAUUACGGUGAUUCAAGGUGCUCUGAUGAUGAACGCGUAUUAAUGUUGUCACGAUUUAUUAAUACAGAAAUGGAGUUACGUAAUAAUAGUAAUCCGCACAGAGAAUUAGUUCCAUACAAACCGACUCAAUAUUUUCCAUACGAAGAGGAUCAACCGCAGUUAUCCGCAUCACAACAAGAUCAAAUUAUUUACCACGGUUCUUUAAAAGAACAAAAUCAUUACCAUGGAUCUUUAAAUGACCCUUAUGUCGCCGAUAGUUCUGUGCCAGUUACACAAAAUAUAGGUCAUGGGGUACAAGAAGAAAACAGCACACGCUCAACGCCAAAAUUAUUAGAGGGUACCAUUUUUGGAGAACAGAUGAAGGGAUACAAGUACACAUAUAACCCGUCAUAUGAUGACGAAACAACAACAACCGCAAGUAAAAACGACCAUAGGGACUAUAGUUCAAGCCCGUGCACACCAAGUGAUUGUUUAGAAUUUGACGAUUUGAGUUGUAAUCGAGAUUUUUGUGAUAGUAGUUCUAGUCCAAAAUGUAGAAAAGCAAAAAGUAAAAGUCGUACACCGAGCUUAAGAUCAAAUAGGAAUUCAGAGAGUACGUCUCUUAGCGAUAAUAAUUCUUUAUCUAAUAGUCUGAAUAUUCCUAAAACAAAUGGAAGUUUCUAUAAAGGAACUAGGCAAAAAUAAAUCUCCGUGAGAAUACCUAAAACUAUUAUUUAUGUUUAUGUUUUGUAAUAUGGCCUGCAAGAUUCAGCUGUUUCUACAUGACGCCUAUGAAAUACAUCAAAUGUAUUUUUGCAAAGUUAAUACACAUGACUUACACAUUUUAACCAAACUGUUAAACGUGUUCUAAACAUUGUUUCUUCCUAGUCGUCUAUACAUAUACAUAUAUAUACAUUUGUUUUUAUUAUAUCAACUUGUAAAAAUGUAUUUCAUACUAAACCUUGCCUACAGUAUAUGAUCGUUAUUGUAGUACCCUAAUAUUAAGACUGAAAAUACAUUUUAGAUGUAAAAAACAAUGUCAUUGAAUUUAUACUAUUUGGUCAUAUUAAGCCAAGAUUAUGGGUGCGUUUUAAUUAUUUUGUACCAUUGCGGUUAUUGCAGAAGUCAUUGCAAGUGUUUUUGACGGGUUUUGACUAACAAUAAAAAUAGGAACUGCUUCAAAAUAUAACAAAAUAGUUUAAAUGACGUUGUAAAGAGGUAAACUGUAUAACAGUAAAAUUCUGUCAAUAUGGAUUCUUUUCAUGAUUCAUCUUUUUGCAUAGUGGUAAUUUGGCACUUAAUAAUAUAUACAGAUGUUAACCGUACUAAAUUUAUAAAUCAGGAAUGAUUUUUGCCCCGCAAAGCUUACAUUUUAUCGGCAUAAAUAAACGAAAAAUAUAUAGAAGACAAACUACAUUGGAUUCGGUAUUUGUUAGUGCUUUUGUGAAGUGCCAGAUAUCUUUAAAACCACCAACAGUUUGUGCAUAGUUGCGUAAGGAAUAUACAUAUUGCCGGCCGUAGAUGCUAAAUCGAACUUAAACGAAUGGAGAAAAUGUAUUAUACAUUUUCGGAUAUUUUAUGAAUGUCGUGACUUUAAUGCUUUAUGUAAGGCCUUUGAAUAGGAACACUCUCUUAACUCUAACAAUGACAGAAGUAUUAUUUUUAAAUUUUCCGGGUACUAAUGAAUAUUUUGCAGUUCAGGUCAAAGAACUUCUCACUAAACCUUGCAGGUUUCCUCACUGAACAGAUGAAUAGUUCUGUCCCUUUCAAAGUUAGUCGGAUAAUGGAUUUGGUAUUUUCGUACGAUAUGAACCUCGUUGUCCCCUUGAAGCAUUUUCAAAAUACUUGUCUCAAAUGUUUGCCGUAAUGAGGGGAUGUACAGAACGUUUUUUGAAGGUCAAAGUGGUUCGGUGAGAUCAAAUGUCACAUAAUAUUGUCAGAUAUGCGUUUUCCACUUAAUAAGAAAUUUGCCGCUUUAAGGAUUUUCAAAACAACUUGGCUCACAUGUCGUUCCAAGGUUAGCGUCGGACCAAGUUGCCCAUAGGUCAAACAUGCAGUGUUGUUAUGCCAUAAGGAGACGAUUUGUGCACUUAAUUCACCAGUUUAUUAACAUAAAGCUGUAUGGGGAGACAUGUGCAUGUUUUUCAAAAGCAUUUCAAUACAUUUUUGAAACGCACCUGUUUAUCAAGUAGGCUUUCUCUCUUUUUGAAAGACACAAAAUAAAAUUGAUUCAAAAUUUAAAA